CCCAGGUCGCUGUGUAAUCCGUUGCAUCCACAGGUUAAUAAACUAGCAUGCUAGCUAGUCUCUUGGAAAAGGUGGGUCGCUUGAAAACUAGAUAAUUACACGUAUGUCCAUUAAUUGGCAGAAGACAAGUGACGAAUAUUAUGAAGAAUGCAUAACUUUGAAAGCUGUGCUCGUCGACAAAAGCAAACCAGGCAAGAUCGGGUCAUUUUCAACACAUUGAAUUCCCAGUGAGGUGUUUUUCUAAGCUCCAUGGACACCUUGGAUAGUAGGAGUUUGCCCCGGUAUUCUGAUGGCGAUCACAACCAUUGGCUGAUGGAGAGACCGGAAGACAUGGAUCAGAGGAGCCGGGAGGGGUGGCGGCUGGUAGAUGUCCUGCUCUCCGGGGGUGCUCCAUGGGGAUUCACACUCAAAGGAGGCAGAGAGCACCGAGAACCACUGCUCAUCACAAAGGUGGAGGAGGGCAGCAAGGCAGCAGCGGUCAGCCUCCAGGUUGGAGACGAGAUGGUGAACAUCAACCAGGUCCCUCUGAGUGGUUACAGGCAGGAGGCCAUCUGCCUGGUCAAGGGAUCAUACAAGACCCUCAAUCUGGUUGUCAAGAGGAGGAAUGAAGCCGUAAGCAGGCCUCACUCCUGGCACGCCACCAAGUUCAACGAGAGACAAUCAGAGACUGCCAAAACUCAGUCUCCGCCCCCGCCAGUCUGGCAGACCGGAUAUGAUGCAAGCUUCUCCUCUACCAACCUCUCCUCGACUUGCUGGGACCAGAACCAGACUAACCUACGGCGAGUAUCAGACCAGUUCAGCUCUCUGGGCAGCAUGGACAGUCUAGACGUCUCCCACCACCCCUACCCCCCUGGACACCAAUCCCCAGGACGCUUCUCCCCGGUGAAGUCCAACACCAGCACGGAGCACCUGGGAGGGGGCAAGAGGGACUCGGCAUACAGCUCCUUUUCCACCAACUCUGGUACCCCAGACUACACCCUCUCUAAGACACCAGACCACACCCUCCCUAAGACACCAGACCACACCCUCCCUAAGACACCAGACCACACCCUCCCUAAGAGCAAUGCUGCCUCCACAGAGAACAUGCUGUAUGAGGUGAGCCAGUGGGAGUCAGGGGGCCGGCCCAGUAAUGGCAGACACAGCCUGAGUAGUGAGGGGGUCAGGCAGGACGAGAGGCCAGGGUAUCUGCAACUGGCUGGGGGACAUGGGGCCAACAUUGGCCGGGACAGCUCCUGGACAGCGGAGCAGUCAGGGUCAGGUUCUUCCCACUCCUCCAGCUCUGCUAGGGCUAGCUGCGGUCCCAUCUGGCACGUUCCUGACAAGAAGAAGACCUCCGAUCCCUCUCCUCCUCCCCCACUGCCCGUACGCAGUGACAGUUUCGCUGCUACGAAGUCCCAUGAGAAUGUUCUGGUUAUAGCCUGUCCAGAGGGACCCGGUGCUCAUACCCAGCCCAAGGCCCAUGGUAAAGGAAUGGAUAACUCUGAUAACUCACAAUGCACCAAUGACUCUCGGCGUAGCCAUCACAACUUACCCUCCAAGAACAACAUGGUCCCUCCUUACAUUUCACCAAAGAACUGUCAUCCCAACCAGGUGAACUGUAACAAGUUUUGCUCCCUGUCCAGUAGUGAUGUCAGGCUGGGCCAGCUCCCCCCUACCUAUUUGCCCUGCCACCAGAGACAGUACAGUAAUGAGAGCUCUCUCUACUCCCACCCCAGGACUUGGUCUGUCCCCAAACAGCAGAACGUCAGCAUCUGCUACAGCAGCAUGCAGGAGCUCCCCACCAACUACAAUGCCCAGAACACCCAGCUCUACAGCCAGACCCCAGAUAGCACUGGAGACAGCCGGUACUACUGUGUGACGGCCAGACAGCCUGGUCAACCGGUCACAGAGGCCCUGCUGGUCAAGACUGACGAAAGGAGGGGUGGAGGGGGUAGAGAGGAGGGUGUGGAGGGUGGCGUUGAAGGGAGAGCAGUGAGCAUCAUACAGGGUGGAGGAGAUAAGAAGUCACUCACUCCCCUGGGGUCAGGGGUUACCAAGGCUAAGUACCAGCCACCUCCACCCCUCAACAACGACAGUAAGGGAUACAGCAGACAGGAUGACGGCUCCCGCCACAAACAGCCAGCUACCGUUUGUCCCUCUGCUGUACUGGAGUCCUCUACAGGCCAGCCCAGCCUGAAGAGGAACAACAGUCAGACUGCAGAGCCCCACUGUAUGAGUUACCCCCCGAGAAGACAGUCUCUACAACCUCUUCAGCAGGACACCAUACACCGUCAAGAGAUGCUGCCAGACAGUCAGAUCUGCCCUCAGACCACCAGCGGCCUCAGCAACUCAGGCCUCGUACCCAGAGACUGUUCCAGUGUGGAGACUGUAGAUCUCUCCAGUAACCAGUGCACCAGGACUGACCGGUUCGCCACCACCCUGAGGAAUGAGAUCCAGAUGAGACGUGCCCAGCUGCAGAAGAGUAAGAGCGCUGCCUCCCUGAGUGGACCCUGUGAUUCGGAGGAGAACCAUGAGGUGCCAGAGGUCUGGAGGCCCAAAGACACCACCUCUUCUUCAGAUGGCUCCUUCACCUCCACCUAUAAGGACCAUCUGAAGGAGGCGCAGGCCCGCGUGCUGAAGGCCACCUCCUUUAGAAGGAGAGACCUGGAGCCUGUCCUUCUGGAGCACCCUGUGGCAGAGGCAGGGUCCCUGCCGGACUACUCCUCCUCUGGUCUGGGGAGAAGCGACAACUCUAACCCCCUGUCCAGCCUCUCUGAGGGCCUCCCAGCCAGGUCUGGCUCUGCCCAGAGUCAGGUGACCCGUAUCGGAAGCAGGAAGCGUUUCACCACGGAGAAGAAGGUCCGGUGUUUCUCUGAGCCAGACAAAAUCAAUGAGGUGGGGGUGGAGGAGGAGCUGACCCCCCCUGAGGCUGCAGACUCCUUGCUGAACCGACACUCCACCCCCAGACCUGCCUUCACCAGACCCCUCCCUAAAACUGCCCUGCCAGGCCCUGUAGAGGACUGUGGAGAGGGCAAAAAGAUAGCCAGGGGUGAUUGUGACAUGUCCAGCAGCAGGAAGGAACAGAGAGAGUGUCAGGGACAGGACCACAGACAGCAGGCCCUUCUGGAGCUGCAGAGACUGGGGACCUUUGCUGAGUACGAGACCACCUGGAACACCCAGAAGAAAGCAGCUGAGACCAGAGGCUCAGGACGCUCCCACUCUGCUGAUAACAUCCUGGAUCCUGGAAAAGAUGACAGGACCAAACCAGCCCCAGUCCACGAGAGGUCCCGAUCCUCACCCUCCACUGACUUCCAUGACAAGAGCCAUUUUCCAGGGAGGAAGUCAGCAGAAUAUUCCCAACUGGAGAGCCAACCUGCCCAACAGGACAACAACACCACUGCAAGGUUGUCUGACAGAUGUUGUGUUGGAGAAUUCAGAGGAAGAGUGAAGAGAGAGAAGGCUCUGGAACCUCUGGAGCUGAAAGACUUCCCAGAACCCCCUCCACCCGUGACCAACGAGGAGAGCCCUGACAUCAGAUCCACUUCUGCCCCCUGCCCUGCCUACCACAGUCCCACAUCCAUCUCUUACCAGCCCCUGGAAACUGACUUCCCUCCCCCAGAUGAGUCCUACACCGAGCCCAAGACCUCAAUACCCCAGCUUCAUAUUCAGCUGCAGUCUGGUACCAGGAGGAAGGGUCCGCUCCCCCCACCCAGACAAGACCAUUCAAGACAUCCACAGAACACCCACUCCCAGGAGUCUCUGUCUGUCUCUCAGGGCGGAGCUUCCGCCUCCCACGCCCCGGUCUCCUCCCACUUUGCCUCUGGUCCCACCCACUCCCCAAGGGGGGAUUGUGAGCAGAGCAGAGGAUUGGUGGAGAGGGAGCAGGAGACGGUACACCAGGUAGUGCCAUCCAAUCCUGGUCCAGCCCUUCCUGCCUUGCCCAGCAUGAGGUGCCAUCGUUCUCCCUCUCCUCAGUUUGCUCCUCCUCAGCUGACAGACAAGCCUCCUGUCUCUCUCCAGCAGCACCAUGACAACCCUGUCUCUCUCUCGGUCUGUCUGCACUAUGACCAAAACAACAGGAUGGAGAAUGUGAUAGAGCCAACCAGUGUGAGGAAGGUUCCUAUAAAGAUCAUUCACUCAGAGAGCGAGAAGGAGAAGGAGAGCCGACAGUACCUGCUGCGUCACAGUCACUCCACAGUGGAAGAAGCCCAGGGGCCCAGUCUGGUCCCCCUCAGCAGCCUGGGGACCUCAGGGGCCCCGGAACAGUCCUACUCUCUGUUCUGUGCCUACAGCCGGCAGAGGGACCAGGGGCCAGAGAGAGAGAAGACACUGGCCCCACCCUGUUACCCAGCCCCAGAACUGCCUACACCCCCACCCCCUUACCAAACCCCUGAGAUGGACCUGGAGCAACACAGAGACACACACAUGUGUCCUCUCAGGGUCCACAGCCAAAUGGCAGUUCUGGCCACAUCCCCACCCAGCCGACAGACCACCUCGGACCCAGAGCCCCCCAGCGGUAACUGCGUGUCCCCUCCCCUCCCCCACUCUGAGGAGGAAGUGAAGACAGAGCAGCUGGCCAGAGACAUCAUGAAUAAGGAUCGGCCCCUAGCUGACAUCUUGGAUAAGAGCUGGAGGAGGACCACCAUGGACCUGAUGGAGGGACUCUACCCCCAGGGAGAAGUGCUGCUGGAGGGGAUGGAGAGGAGGAAGGUGUCCCUCAAACACUCUUCACCACGGCCUUCAGAGGACAGGAGUGAGGAGGACAGUGUAGCGGCAGCAGUUUCUUUGGUGACCAGCUCCACCUAUUACAGCACGUCGGCACCAAAGGCUGAGCUUCUGAUCAAGCUGAAAGACAUGCAGGAGAGGGAGGGGCUAGAGGAGGAGCUGGAGGAGGAGUCAGCGGAUGAGUUGGACUACGACCUGGCCAAUAAAAAGCAGGAGCUGGUGGACUCUCUCAGCAGGAAGCUGCAGGUGCUGCGUGAGGCCAGGGAGAGUCUUCAGGAGGAUGUCCGUGAUAACAACGCCCUAGGAGAGGAGGUGGAGGCCACGGUGCAGCAGGUCUGUAUGCCAAACCAGCUGGACAAGUUCAGGAUGUUCAUAGGAGACCUGGACAAAGUGGUCAGCCUGCUGCUGUCCCUGUCCGGACGCCUGGCCAGAGUGGAGAACGCCCUCAACAGCCUGGAGGAUGGUACAUCACCUGAGGAGAGGAGAACCCUGACAGACAAGAGGAAGCUGUUGAUCCAGCAGCAUGAGGAUGCCAAGGAGCUGAAGGAGAACCUGGACCGCCGGGAGAGAGUGGUCUACAACAUCCUGGCUUCCUACCUCCCAGAGGAGAGCCUGACCGACUACCAACACUUUGUCAAGAUGAAGUCUGCCCUCAUUAUUGAGCAGCGCAAACUAGAGGACAAGAUUAAACUGGGAGAGGAGCAGCUCAAGUGUCUGAUGGACAGCCUGCCGCUAGAGCAGAGAAUGAGCCUGUAACCCCUGACACCUGGAUCAGAGAAUGGCUCCAAACGCACAUGACUUCUCAAUCUGUGUAUGAUGGACCUGACCACUCUGGCCUCACUGCAGUGGAACCCUAUGGCCACUAAGGGGCAGCAGAGAUUAGCAGAGAGGAGCAGCAGUACCCCACUCGAUAGCAGCAAAGAACAGAGCUCCAGACCCGGGGUUGUAAUGUUUAGUUGACGUUUCCUCCUCAGUAUCUUAACACUGAUCUGAGUCUAAUGGAGCCCCACCAGAACACACACAUAUAUAUAUAUAUACACACACAAAAAAUAUGUUAAAUAAAUAAACAAAUAAUAAUAAAAAUAAACCCAACAUGAAACAAUUUCAAUGAUGUUACUGAGUUACAAUUCAUAUAAGGAAAUCAGUCAAUUGAAAUAAAUUCAUUACGUCAGAAUCUAUGGAUUUCACAUGACUGGGCACAGCCAAGGUUGGGCAUGGGAGGGCAUAGGCACACCCACUGGGGAGCCAGGCCCAGCCAAUCUUAAUUAGUUUAUCUCCACAAAAGGGCUUUAUUACAGGCAGAAAUACUCUUCAGUUUCAUCAGUUGUCCAGGUGGCUGGUCUCGGACAAUCCCGCAGGUGAAGAAGCUGGAUGUGGAGGUCCUAAACUGGCAUGGCCAUGGUCUGCGGUUGUGAGGCCUGUUGGACGCACUGUCAAAUUCUGUAAAUCGACAGCAGUAUGGUAGAGAAAUUAACAGUAAAUUCUCUGGCAACAGCUCUGUUGGACAUUCCUGCAGUCAGCAUGCCAAUUGCACAAUCCCUCAAAACUUGAGACAUCUGUGGCAUGGUGUUGUGACAAAACUGCAGAUUUAGAGUAGCCUUUUUAAUUUCCCCAGCACAAGGUGCACCUGUGUAAUGAUCAUGCUGUUUAAUCAGCUUCUUGAUAUGCCACAGGUGGAUGGAUUAUCUUGACAAAGGAGAAAUGCUCACAAACAGGGAUGUAAACAAAUUUGUGCACAAAAUUGGAGAGAUGUAAGCUUUUUGUGCAUUUUGAACAUUUCUGGGAUAUUUUAUUUAAGCUCUUGAACAUGGGAUCAACACUUUACAUGUUGCGUUUAUAUUUUUGCUCAUAUAUAGAUAUAUGUGUGUGUGUGUAUAUAUAUAUGUAUAUAUAUGUGUAUAUGUGUAUAUAUAUAUAUAUAUAUAUCUGUGUGUGUGUGUAUAUGUGUAUGUAUAUAUGUGUGUAUAUGUAUAUAUGUGUAUUUGGGUGUGUAUAUAUGUAUGUAUAUAUAUACACACCGUAUAUAUAUGUAUAUACACACCGUAUAUAUACGGUAUACAUACAUACAUACAUACAUACAUACAUACAUACAUACAUACAUACAUACAUACAUACAUACAUACAUACAUACGGUGCAUUCGGGCGGUGCACAAUUGACCCAGCGUCGUUUGGCUGGGCUAGGCCGUCAUUGUAAUUAAUUUGAAGGUUUAAUUAAAAAUACAAAAUAAAAAUUCUGAAUGUGUUCAGACCGCUUGACUUUUUCCACAUGUUGUUAUGUUACAACCUUAUUCUAAAAUGUAUUAAAUUGUUUUUUCACCUCCUCAAUCUACACAUAAUGACAAAGUGAAAACCUUAUUUUGGAAAUUUUUGCAAAUGUAUAAAAAAAAGUACUGAAAUAUCACAUUUACAUAAGUAUUCAGACCUUUUACUUAGUACUUUGUUGAAGCACCUUGGAAGACAUUACAGCUUUGAGUCAAAAUCAAAUCAAAUGUAUUUGUCACAUACACAUGGUUAGCAGAUGUUAAUGCGAGUGUAGCGAAAUGUUUGUGCUUCUAGUUCCGACAAUGCAGUAAUAACCAACAAUUCCAAAACUAGUCCCUUAUACACACAAGUGUAAAGGGAUAAAGAAUAUGUACAUAAAGAUAUUCUUGGUCGUACUGAUGGUGAGUUGACGCUGCUCUUAUAUUCAGUAGUUCUUCUCGACUGUAUGUAAUGAAACCUAAGAUGACCUGGGGUACCAAUGUAAGAAAUAACACGUAAAAAAACAAAAAAAUGCAUAGUUUGCUAGGAACGCAAAAUGAGGCGGCCAUCUCUGUUGGCGCCGGGAGUCUUCUUGGGUAUGAUGCUACAAGCUUGGCACACCUGUAUUUGGGGAGUUUCUCCGAUUCUUCUCUGCAGAUCCAAGCUCUGUCAGGAUGGGGAGUGUUGCUGCACAGCUAUUUUCAAGUCUCUCCAGAGAUGUUCAAUCGGGUUCAAGUCCGGGCUCUGGCUGGGCCACUCAAGCACAUUCAAAGUCUUGUACCGAAGCCCCUCCUGCGUUGUCUUGGCUGUGUGCUUAAGGUCGUUGCCCUUUUGGAAAGUGAACCUUCACUCCAGUCUGAGGUCCUGAGCCCUCUGGAGCAGGUUUUCAUCAAGGAACUUUGAAUUUUGCUCCAUUCAUCUUUCCCUCGAUCCUGACUAGUCAUUCAAGUCCCUGCUGCUGAAAAGCAUCCCCACAGCAUGAUGCUUCCACCAACAUGCAUCACCGUAGGGAUGGUGCCAAUUCCUCCAGACGUGACACAUGGGACAGGCAAAAGAGUUCAAUCUUGGUUUUAUCAAACCAGAGAAUCUUGUUUCUCACGGUCUGAGUCCUUUAGGUCCGGUCUGAGUGAGAAACAAGAUUCUCUGGUUUGAUAAAACCAAGAUUGAACUCUUUUUAGGUCAGUUUUUGGCAGGCUGUCAUGUGCUUUUUACUGAAGAGUGGCUUCUUUCUGGCCACUACCAUAAAGGCCUGAUUGGUGGAGUGCUGCAGAGAUGGUUGUCCUACUGUAAGGUUUUCCCCUUUCCACAGAGGAACUCUGGAGCUCUGUCCGAGUGACCAUCGGGUUCUUGGUCACCUUCCUGACCAAGGCCCUUCUCCCCUGAUUGUUCAGUUUGGCCGGGCGGUCAGCUCUAGGAAGAGUCUUGGUGGUUCCAAACUUCCAUUUAAGAAUGAUGGAGGCCACUGUGUCCUUGGGAACCUUCAAUGCUACAGAUGUGUUUUGGUACCCUUCCCCAGAUCUGUGUCACGACACAAUCCUGUCUCGGAGCUUAAUGGACAAUUCUUUCAACCUCAUGGCUUGGUUUUUGCUCUGACAUGCACUGUCAACUGUGGGACCUUAUAUAGACAGAUGUGUGCCUUUCCAAAUCAUGUCCAAUCAAUUGAAUUUACCACAGGUGGACACCAAUCAAGUUGUAGAAACGUCUCAAGGAUGAUCAAUGGAAACAGGAUGCACCUGAGCUCAAUUGUGAGUCUCAUAGCAAAGGGUCUAAAUACUUUAUUUUUUAUAAAUUAGCAAACAUUUCUCAACACCUGUUUUUGCUUUGUCAUUAUGGGGUAUUGUGUGUAGAUUGAGGAUUUUGUUUUAUUUAAUCCAUUUUAGAAUUAGGCUGUAACUUAACACAUUGUGGAAAAGGGGAGGGGCCUGAAUACUUUCCGAAUGCUGUGUGUGUGUGCAGUACCAGGCAAAAGUCCUCAUUUCUUUAUUUUUACUAUUUUCUACAUUGUAGAAUAGUGAAGACAUCAAAACUAUGAAAUAACACAUGGAAUCAUGUAACAACCAAAAAAGUGCUUAAAAAAAUCAAAAUAUAUUUUAUAUUUGAGAUUCCUCAAAAUAGCCGCCCUUUGCCUUGAUGAGGCUUUGCACACUCAUGGCAUUCUCUCAACCAGCUUCAUGAGGUAGUCACCUGGAAUGCAUUUCAAUUAACAGGUGUGCCUUGUUAAAAGUUAAUUUGUGGAAUUUCUUUCCUUCUUUAAUGUGUCUUGAGCCAAUCAGUUGUGUUGUGACAAGGUAGGGGUGGUAUACAGGAGAUAGCCCUAUUUGGUAAAAGACCAAGUCCAUAUUAUGGCAAGAACAGCUCAAAUAAGUAAAGAAAUGACAGUCCAUCAUUACUUUAAGACAUAGUCAGUCCAUCUGUAAAAUUAAGAUCUUUGAAAGUUUAUUGAAGUGCAUUCGCAAAAACCAUAAAGUGCUGUGAUAAAACAUGAGGAUCUCCACAGGAAAGGAAGAGAAUACAUUUAUUAGAGUUACCAGCCUCAGAAAUUGCAGCCCAAAUAAAUGCUUCACAGAGUUCAAGUAACAGACACAUCUUAACAUCAACUGUUCAGAGGAGACUGCGUGAAUCAGGUUUUCAUGGUUGAAUUGCUGCAAAGAAACCACUACUAAAGGACACCAAUAAGAAGAAGAGACUUGUUUGGACCAAGAAACACGAGCAAUGCACAUUAGACCGGUGAAAAUCUGUCCUUUGGUCUGAUGUGUUCUAAUUUGAGAUUGUUGGUUCCAACCACUGUGUCUUUGUGAGAAGCAGAGUAGGUGAACGAAUGAUCUCUGCAUGUGUGGUUCCCACCGUGAAGCUUGGAGGAGGAGGUGUGACGGUGUGGGGGUGCUUUGCUGAUGACACUGCCUUUAAUUUAUUUAGAAUUCAAGGCACACUUAACCAGCAUGGCUAACACAGCAUUCUGCAGUGAUACGCCAUCCCAUCUGGUUUGUGCUUAGUGGGACUAUAAUUUGUUUUUCAACAGGACAAUGACUCAACACACCUCCAGGUUGUGUCAGGGCUAUUUGACUAAGGAGAGUGAUGGAGUGCUGCAUCAGAUGACUUGGCCUCUACAAUCACCCGACCUCAACCCAAUUGAGAUGGUUUGGGAAGAGUUGGACCGCAUAGUGAAGGAAAAGCAUCCAACAAGUGCUCAGCAUAUGUGGGAACUCCUUCAAGACUGUUGGAAAAGCAUUCCAGCUGAAGCUGGUUGAGAGAAUGCCAAGAGAGUAUAAAGCUGUGAUUUUAUUUUGUUUUAUUUAUUUCACAUUUAUUUAACCAGGUAGGCUAGUUGAGAACAAGUUCUCAUUUACAACUGCGACCUGGCCAAGAUAAAGUAAAGCAGUGUGACACAAACAACACUGUUACACAUGGAGUAAAACAAACAUACAGCCAAUAACACAAUAGAAUAAGUCUAUACACAGUGUGUGCAAAUGAGGUGAGAUAAUGGAGGUAAAGCAAUAAAUAGGCCAUAGUGGUGAAAUAAUUACAAUAUAGCAAUUAAACACUGGAGUGAUGUGCAAGUAGAGAUACUGUGGCGCAAAGGAGCAAAAACAUUUUUUUUAAUAACAAUAUGGGGAUGAGGUAGUUGGAUGGGCUAUUUACAGAUGGGCUGUGUACAGGUGCAGUGAUCUGUGAGCUGCUCUGACAGCUGGUGCUUAACGUUCGUGAGGGAGAUAUGAGUCUCCAGCUUCAGUGAUUUUUGCAGUUAGUUCCAGUCAUUGGCAGCAGAGAAGUGGAAAGAAAGGCGGCCAAAGAAGGUGUUGGCUUUGGGUAUGAUCAGUGAAAUAUACCUGCUGGACCGCGUGCUGCUAUGGUGACCAGUGAGCUGAGAUAAGGCGGAGCUUUACCAAGCAAAGACUUAUAGAUUACCUGGAGCCAGUGGGUUUGGCAACGAAUAUGUAGCGAGGACCAGCCAAUGAGAGCAUACAGGUCGCAGUGGUGGGUAGUAUAUGGGGCUUUGGUGACCAAACGGAUGGCACUGUGAUCAAGGCAAAGGGUGGCUACUUUAAAGAAUCUCAAAUAUAAAAUAUAUUUUGAUAUGUUUUUGGUUACUACAUUAUUCCAUAUGUGAAAUUUCAUAAUUUUGAUGUCUUCAGUAUUAUUCUACAAUGUAGAAAAUAGUAAAAAUAAAGAAAAACCCUGGAAUGAGUAAAUGUCCAAACUGUUGACUGGUACUGUAUGUAUAUAUAUGUGUGUGUUCACAUUUAUUUAACACAGGACUGUACUGCCAUGAACCAUGAUGUAAUAGUCUGGGAUAAACCACGUCCUAUAGACUACUGAGAGUCUGUUGCUCUGUUCCCAUGGCACCAUCAACCACUGUAUUAUGUUCAAGAAUAAUUGACUGUUUUAUUUAGUAAUUUAUUGUAGCAUUUUAUUAUGUACAGAGGAGUAGGGUAGAACAGUGUUUUAUUCUCAACUGAUUUUAGUCAAUACUGCAUUUAUCAACUACGCUUUAUACCUCCAUUUUGCAAAGCGCAAUAUAUAAUUAACAUGACUGUAAUUCUAUUAUCCUAUUUAUGUCAAAUAAUCCAAAAGACUGGCCUGAUAUUUCAGUGAAAUAAGGGUGUUGCUCUUUUUUUUAAAACUGGCAGUGUUUUGUUCUGAUGUUGUUUUGUAAAACUAGCAGCCUUUUGAUGUGAUGUUGUUUUGUAAAACUAGCAGCCUUUUGUUCUGAUGUUGUUUUGUAAAACUAGCAGCCUUUUGAUGUGAUGUUUCAUGCUGUUUCCUCAUCUAGAUUCUCUGUCCUGGAGCAGACUUUAUUUUUAUAUUGAGAAGCAUUAAGCUUAUUGACACCUUGUGAAAACAGAAGAACACUACAGAGUUGCAUCACUAUAUAAGGAAUCAAUGGUUAAAUGGUUCCUGCUAUAUUCAAGGAGCACUUUGUUCAACAUUGAUAAAGACAGAUUUAGCAAGGACGAGUCCACAUCUGAUGUGGCUGAGACGUCCUUUACUCAUCUGUAGUAGUUCAUCGGGUGCUGCUGUUUUAUUAGGUGACCAUUACUUCCUGCUUCUACCUCGCAAAGGUAUGAAGGAGUGUGAUAUAAUGGACAGCAUAGCCACGAUCAGGGUUCAGGGCAUUUCCCAAAGGUAAACUAAAUGAGUGUUACAUCGCUCUAUACACACUGCUACACUGUCUGUCUAUCAGAUGUGCUGCUUUAUAUCAAAUAAAAAGGCUGCUGA